AAUCUAUUUGGAUAUCAAGGUUAUCAUUAAAAAAACUACAACAUUAAUGGACGAAUUAAACUUUUCUGAGAAAUUAGUACUUAAAGAACACAAUGCAAGAAGAGAACUGGCAAAAUGCCUACAAGGUUUUAAUUUAUUAAAAUACGUGAAAGGAACUUUUUCUUCAUUAGAAUCCAAAUUUAACGAAAGAUGUAGAGGAUAUAGAGCAAAACUGGAAUAUAAUAUAUUAAGUGAAGUCGAAAUUGAUAAAGACAUGUCUGAAUAUAUCUGUAAUAUGUUAAAAAAAAGUGCUAUGAAGAAUAUAGGUGGUAUGAAUGCUUGCCUAGCAGCUGUUACGGCUUGUUCGCAAAAAUAUCGACAUUAUUUAAAAGAAGAUGUACCACUCUCAACGAUUAAAGUGAUGAAGAUAAUGACAAAUGAUGUUAUAGUAUCAACACAAAAAAAAUUAAAAGGAUUAUUAAAGAAAAAAUCAGACGAAGAGUCAGAAAAACUCUUGUAACGUAUUAUAAUUCUAAGAAGUGAUAAUUACGAUUUAAAUAUCAACGAAUAUUUGUUCUAAUUUUAUAUAUAUUAAUAAAAAUAAUAAUGCAGACAA